CGUUACUCCACUUAAAUUGAUUACCAUGCUAUUUAUGUGAAUUUUUUGUUGUGUAAAGAAUCUGAUUGUUACAUUCAUUGAAUGGUUACUCUUUUGGUGCUCCAUCAUCAUUCCUAGAUUAAAUGGUUUAGCCAGAUGCCAAUAGCCAAACAUGAAGGGGUUAAAGAAGAGAAAUUAUCUGCAAACACUUCGAACUCUCAAGGUAAUGAAAAAGAUAACCAGAAAGAAACAACAACAACCACUAAUAAACCUCAACAAGGAACAAGUAAAAGCAGCGAUAGUGAUAAAACUCAGCCUCAUCCAUCAUCAACAGAAGUCCAUAAUACAUCAAGAAUAUGCUCAGCUACAUCAGAAGCAAGUGGAAAGUGUGAGGGUGGAGGAGGUGGAGGAGAAGGUGAUGCAAUCGAAGAAGAUAAGAGGACUAAAGAGACUAGUGAAAUCACCACAAGUAAUAACAAAAGGAAAGAAACAGAGGCAGCAAGUAAAUUUUCCCAACCAUCAUCAUCAUCUAAUCAGCAGACAGCUUCCUGUUCUUCUAAUACCUCAUCCACCCAGCAAACAUCGCAUUAUCAUCAUCAACAACAACAUCAGCAUCUAUCUUUGCAGCAAUCUCACCAAGAGUCAUCUUCAUCAUCCUCAUCUCCUAGUUCCUCAGCAACACCAGCCUCUUCAUCCAGUAAUAAUGGUCGAUCAAAUUGUACCAAACUGUUUUGCGGAUCCGGAAGUGGAUCAAGUGAUUCCAAGAGGAAAGAUGUUGAUGAGAAUAACAUGAACGGCUCAAGUUCAGGAAAUUGUGACACAGGAAGCAAAUGGCGUAAAUCAUCGAGAAAGGGAAGCAAGAAAAAGGAGAAAUACGCACUCAAAGAGAUGAUCCAUGAUCCUCAUCAUACGGGAUUUACUCAAGUUACAGGUGAUGGUGUUUCAGGGGAAUCGGGUGAUAUUCAGCAACAUUGUUUUAAUAGUGCUAGUGUUGAAAAUGGUGGGACAAAUGCCACAUCAAAUCAACAAUCGCAACAAUCUGGUGCCCACGACCGUAAAUCAUGCUGUUUUUGUUGGUGUUGUUGUUGCUCAUGUUCCUGUCCAUUUAAUGACAGCUUGCCGGUGAAAAAUCAAGGUAAAACUGGUAAGGAAAACAGUCGCAUCCAACCAUCUUCAUCAUUAGAACACUAUUUCAAUGGAAAUGGUGAACAGCCGCCAUCCUUAGAGGAAAUUAGGUUAUGGGCAGAGUCUUUCGAUAAACUAAUGAAAUGUCCAUGGGGACGUAAAGUUUUUCGUGAUUUCUUGAAAUGUGAAUAUAGUGAGGAAAAUAUACUCUUCUGGUUGGCCUGUGAAGACCUCAAGAAUGAAUCCAAUCCUGAAGUUAUCGAAGAGAAGGCACGAAUAAUAUAUGAAGAUUAUAUUUCAAUAUUAUCUCCGAAAGAGGUUAGCCUAGAUUCUCGAGUUCGUGAAAUAAUAAACAAGAACAUGGUUAAUCCAAGUCCUCGCACUUUUGACGAGGCACAGCUGCAAAUAUAUACACUAAUGCACCGUGAUUCUUAUCCACGUUUUAUAAACUCUCCGAUGUAUCGGAAGCUGGCUCAAUUACCUUCCCCAAGUCGCAAAGGAAGCACUGCUUGACGAUGAUUGUUAUACCAGUUGAUUAACUAUCCAUUUAAUAAAAGUUACUGUUGAUGAUGGAUGAUCAAUUUUUUAUCCUUUGGUUUAUCAAACAUUGGAAAUCACCUUUUAUUUACUUUUGUAUAUUCAAUGUUUCUCUGUUAACUACUCUUCUUGAUCCUGUUCAUUUUUUGAAACCCUUUGGUUAUUUUGGAGGAGAAACAUUCAGAGGAAAAAGAUUAAUCCAUCAAUUUAAAUGCACACUUGGUUCAGUUGAAGAACCCAUUGCAGAGGCCAAAAAGGAUUCCAGACUUAUCUAUGGAUCUUUGAUCAAAUCAUGAAGCAAAUUUUUUCUCUGUUGUCUAAUAGUUGCUAUUCAAUCAUUUAAGGAUUAAUCACAAUUUGCUGCGAUAUCACAAUAAUGGGUUUAAAUGGAUAUUUUGGUGUAAAAGAAAGGGACAAAUUUACCAAACAAGCAAACAAGCGUUACCACGAAGAAAAGUACAAAUUGCCGUUUGAUACUCAAUAAUUGUUAUCGAGCUGGUAGUAAUUUUAAUUCUGAUUAAUUGACUUCCAGCUGAUUAGUUUUAAGGAUAAGCUGUUGUUCAACAAAGAGCCUUUCUUUUGUAAAAGUCAUUCUGUCCUUUCUCAUCGACUAAAGGCAAAACCACAAAAACCAAAAAUGUCACAAGUAUUUGCUAUUUGCUUGUUACUGUCAGUACCAAUGUAUACCUCACCAUCGCCAUCAAAUUGUUCAAAACAAAAGUCUCACAACGAUCUGCAAUAAGUCCUUAUGGACUUAUCGUGUUUCAUCAACUUGCUUUUUUGCUGUAUCGCAAUCAUCAUCGUGAUCUUCAUCAUUCCAUAAAUUUUCAUUUCCCUGUUGAAACUCACCAAAGAGUCUUUAAUGGUUGGAUACAAAACAGCAAAUAAACUGCUAAAAGGCCUAAACUGUUGAUUAGUUCAAUUUGUAUCACCAGAGACGGUUAAAGUGAAAAUUAUUGUUCCAGCAACUUGAACCUCGCGCUCUUUUUGGUGAUGAAUUGAAAAGCCAACAUGAAUAGUACAACCAUUGAAAAAGUAACCGACCAUCAUUUUUAGUCCCUGAAUUGUUCUUAAUUUUUGCACUAAUUUUCUUCUUUUUCAUUUAAUUACAACUCUAAAUGUUUGAAAACAUUCUCGUCAACAGCAUCUCUUCAAAUCAACACAAGCAAUUAACAUGGAUCCAAUUCUCUCACCUCUUUUACCUCGUUUCAUCUCAAGAUCCUAUGGGAACAAGUGAUUAUUAAUUUCAUCAAUUGUUACUUUUUACUUAUUACACGAGAUUCAUUAAUGUUUACACAUACAACAACACACACACAAAACUCCACAUUCACUCAACUCUUUAACAUAACAUUGAUAACACAAAGUGAGGAUAAAAUAAAAUAACUCAACAUCAAAAUUAUACAAAAAUUCACCCGAAUCGUCACAUCAACUCUCAUCACCUUGCCAUAUUAACAUUAUUACAAAUUGAUACUUAUUAUAUAUAUAAAUAUAUAUACAUAAAGAAACGUUGAAUGUUUUUUUUGGACAAAAAUUAACCGACAAAAACCAAGAAUUCAACUCGACAAGAUUGAGUUGAUUUUUGCAAAUUUUAAAUUCAAGGGCCAUAUAAAGACCAAAAUCACCGAAAUACCAUUUUUUUCUGAUUAUUAUUCGACAAUUAUACACAGCAAAAAUCAUUAGAAAAUUUUCAAAUCUUCAUUCACACUCUUCAAAAGACAAAAACACAAAAUCAACAAAAUCACCAAAAAGAUCAUCUGUUCCUUUUUGAUCACAAACUGAAUCUUUUUUCUCCUUUUUUGCAAAACAAAUUCUAUUAUAAUGAAUAAUAAUGUUACAUGUAUAAAUAAAUAAUAUAAAUAUAAUAGUGAGCUUGUUAUAAUCAGCACAUUCAACCUUUUAAUUAGAGUUUUUAGACAUUUUAUCAAAAAACACUUUGGAAACCAAAGCCAGGGUUAACCAUGAUAAUAUUUAGUCCAUUUUCAAUGGAACAAAUCUUGUUCAUUUUUUUGGAAUAAAAGACAGCCCCAAAACCUUAUCCUGAACUUGAAAUCUUUUUGAUUAUUAACCGGAUUAUCAUCUUGAUCACUGUCACCAUCUUCAUCAACAUUCAUUACCAGAUUCAACUCCUGUUCAAUCCAAAGAUAAUUUAAAUACGAUUAAACUUGGACACGUUUCACCAGGCGAUCUUAUUAUUACAUUAAUUGACAUAACCCAAAGAUUCACAAGCACAACAAUACCAAAUACGUGACUCUACACACCAAGCAACCCAUCGAUUUGCGGCAAAUUUACUUUUGGUUUUAAGCUUUCAUUUUAUAGCUUUGAAAUUACCUUUGUUAAAUAAUGCAAUUUUUCAGUUUUCCUCUGUUACACCUUUUUGUUAAUUCUUGUUACUAAAAUUAGUAAGAUUGUUAUUAAUACGAUUCUGAUUAUAUUCAGUUAUUACUAUACCUAUUAAUGCGAGAAAGGAGUUUGUUUUGAUGUAAAUUGGAAGUUGAUUUUGACAACAAUUGUGAACAAAAACGAGAUGAUGUAAAACCAACAAAAAACUUGUAUUAACUGUUAAAAUUGCAAUUACUUGAGCAUUUAAUAGAGACAUUUAAAACUGUCAAUAACGUGAAAAUAUUUGCAUACUUCAAUUUCUUCUUCACCUUCUGGGUUCAACUCUUGAACUCAGUGAGAAUAACUGAUAUAUUGUUCACUAUUUAAUAAAAAUGGCAACAAGACUAUUAAUUUAA